AUGGGUGUGGCCCCAUCAUCUCGUGAUAGAUCAACACAAUUAGGUAAUGAAAGUGGAGGUCAAACAUGUGUAUUUGCUUUGACACCGCAAGAUGUUCAAACUUUCAAUGAAGUGGCCAUAGGCAUGGACUGGUUAACGUUCUGUUUUGCCAAGGUAGAUUGUUACAGCAAAUUGGUGAAGUUUAAAUUUCUAUGGGAAUCCUCAUUUGUGAUAUAUGAGCAUGGUAGCCCAAUGUCUGUGGAAGUUGUGUCGGAUGUAGCUAUCAGACCGAUGCCAAGGCAAAAAGGCCAAAGGUACCUAGUGAUGGCAAGAGAUGAUUCAAUGGGAGAAAAGAGUGUGGAAGCCGUAUCAGUAGUGGGUGAGUAUCUGGAUGUAUUUUUUGAUGAAUUGCUUGAAUUGCCUUCCAAGAGAGAGAUUGAAUUUUGUAUAGAUUUAAUUCUGGGUACGCAGCCAAUUUUCAUACCUCUUUAUCAAAUGGCACAAGUUAAGUUAAGAGAGCUUAAGAGGCAACUUGAGGACUUAUUGGAUAAGGGUUUUAUUUAUCCUAAUGUCUCAGCUUAG